AUGAAAGACAGACUCCGUCCUCCCCCUUCAUUUGCGCCUCACGAUCCGUUGUUCGUCUCUGACGACACCAGCGAAGAGGACCAUUUUGUGAACUCCACACCUUCGUCUCUUUUCCAAGCUGGUUCAAGCACCUCCCAGCUGGUGCUAGACCGUUAUCCAUCACAAGAUUCAGUUGCAUACCGUUCCCAGGUCAAUUUGAUGAGCAACUACGAAAAAAAUGUUUACAGGUCACCACAAAGCAGCAGACAGGAAAGCGGGGACUCGAAUCCAUCUCACACCAGCAUUACGCAGACAGGGACUCAGAAGCCAUCUGUCCACUAUCAUGAGGAUGUAAUUUCACCACCCGCUACUGGAAGUUACCUCGGAUUUCCCAAAUCAGACUCACGUCAAUCCUCGGACGACGAAGAUGAGGAAGACGAAUUCGAUUGGAGCGGUGACGAGGAUCUCAACAAUGAGGAAGCCAAGUUCGAGAAGAAAAUGGGUGUACAAAUCAAACCUCGCGGCUGGGGCAUUAUUAGGCUAGUUACUCUACUUUUCUCUUCACUCAUCGGGUCCACCUUCCUUGCGGCAGUCUUGAUAACUCCCGCACUCCUUGUCCAUUUCUUCUGGUACAAGCCACACCCAACGGACUACAGGCAUUUUGUCGACAUCAAUAUCGAGGCUUGGCUCUUCUGGGCAGCAGCCAAUGUCGUCAUUUCUUGGGGUCUCGCAAUGAUCAUCGACAUUGUACCUGUCAUCAUACGUGUGGCGAUUGCAGUCACAUGGGGCCAUGUCUCAGAGACCGUUAGAACAAAGCUCGAGUUGUAUGCCUCAAUCAAGGAUACCAUCAAACCUUUAUUCUAUGCCGCGAGCGCCUGGCUCAGCUGGAACAUUCUGUUCCAGAAUAUCUUCAAGUUGAAUGACUCAUCUAAUGCCCAGAAUUAUGCUCGCUACACGGACCGUGUCGCCCAAGUAAUUGAAUUCCUGUUCUUCUUUACCCUGGUGAUAUGCAUUCAAAGGAUGCUCUCCCAUGCUAUUGCGUUUGCAUUCCAUAGGACUGCGUAUAAGGAACGUCUGGACGAAGUUAAGAAAGCCCUCCAAGUGAUAGAAACGCUUCGCAACUACAAGCCCAAAUCAUCGGCCCGUCACAAGUCCCAUAGCUCCCAUCCGAUGUUUGCGACCUUUACUGGGCUCAAUCCGUUCAGCGACAAAGAACAUUACAAUAUUCUCAGUAGCAGAUUGCGCUCUGAGAGCUCCGCACCAAGUGAAGGUGACGAAGCGGAUAUGGAGGACAGAGCAAAGCUGAAGAAGAAAAAGGAUAAAGGGAAACAAAGGCAACGCAAGUCGACCUCAGGAGAUCUCGAGUCCUCGACUACUACGCCAGAACAAUUUGCUUCCAUCGCCGCAACGCCAGCUGCUCACUCCCCAGUCGAAAAGCAUACGACUCACAAAUAUCCUCCUACCCCUUCCAACCAGCGUUCUGUUGACCCAUACACCGAAGAUCACACCAUUGUCGUUCAAGCAGCAAAGGCGUUCAAAACUGCUGUACUGCACGAUGCCCGGAAUGUCAAAGGUGCUACUGACGAGCUUGAUGCGCUGGUCUCUAGUGUGAGCUCAACACACGAAGCAAAGCGUCUUGCCAGGGCGAUAUACAGGACUUUCAGAGAUCGCCGACAUACUUACCUCGUUCCCGAAGACUUCUACCCCGCAUUCGCUACACAGGAUGAAGCCAAAGAUGCUUUCCGGGUUUUCGAUAAGGACAACAACGGUGACGUAUCGCGGUCUGAGAUCAAGUCUUCGCUACUUCGCGUGUACAAGGAACGUCGCUUCCUGUGGCGCAGUAUGCAUGAUGUUAGCGCUGCACUCAAGACUCUCGAUCAAAUUUUGCUACUCGUCGCUCUCAUCAUCUUAUUCUUCAUCUCGUUGAGCAUUUUUGGUGUCAAUGUGACGCAGUCCUUGACGAGCGUAUAUUCCCUCGGUCUCGCAGCCAGCUUCGUAUUCAAGAACUCUGCGAGCAAUGUCUUUGAUGCAAUCAUGUUCUUAUUUGUAACUCAUCCCUUUGAUACUGGUGAUCGAUGCUUCAUCGAUAACGAGAAUCUAGUUGUUAAGAAGAUGAAUUUGUUUGCGACGGUAUUUGCUCGAUCAGAUGGUACUGAAACAUAUUACUUCAACAGUCAGCUAUUCACGAAGUUCAUUACGAACGUCCGCCGUAGCGAUAAAAUGGCGGAGUCUUGUACCAUCCAAGUUGCUUGGCGUACGCCACAAGCAAAGCUAGAUGCGCUUGAGGAAAAGCUGAAUACGUGGCUUUCCACUGAGGAGAACAGGUGGUUCCAGCCGACCACGUCAGUUGUAUUGCAAAACAUAAGUUACCAGCGCUAUCUGGAGUGUACUAUUGGUAUCUCGCACAACUCAACGUGGCAAGACUGGGGCCUCCGGAAUACGCGCAGGACCGCAUUCCACGCAGCAGUUCAAUACUACUGCCGGGAGCUAGAGAUCACCGCAUAUGAGGCACCUAUGCCCAUCACAUAUGCAGAUACUAACACGCAACAAUAUACUGUUCCCCAAGAAGCAGUACUACCCAAUGUCUUUUCAGAUAUCCAGUCUCCUGACAGCCAACGUUCCCCCGAUGCAAGUCGAAAGAGCCUCCUUGGUUUCGUACCUCCGCAGGAUCAAGGUACUCAUUUGACACGUGCACACAACCGUGUGCGCAAAGGCAAGAGUCGCAAAGCAGCUGUGCGGGGAGUGGGUGCGGACGGUGGUGGAAAUGGUUGA